AUGGGCAUGGCCAAGGUGGUGCAAGCGGCGCUGCGCAAGGCGCCGGUGCGGACGGUGGUGGCGGCGUUGUGGGUGGCCAAGUGGAAGACGGCCAAGGAGGUGAACGACCGGCUGUUUGUGGCGACACCGUACGAGGUCUUCACCAUCAAGGCCGGGCGGCUGAAGAACAGUGUGGGGAACAAGUACGCGCUCAUUGAUCUGGUGCAUGUUCAGCUGUGGCCGUCGGAGGAGGGCAUGACGCUUACCUUUGUGAGCCACAAGGUGCGGCGCGAGCUGGUGUACACCGGCGUGCCCGAGGAUGUGGUGCACAAGGUGCUGGGCGCGUAUCUGGCGGCGACGCACGCGAUGCGUAGUCUUGGUAAGCGGGCAGUGGUGGUGGCGGAUGACGACGACACGCCGUACCAGUGGUGGGAGGACCAGAUUGCGGCCGAGGAGCUUAAGCCAGGCGGCGGGUUGGUGGAGGGGUACCUGGCAGUAGCGGCGCGCGACGAGUGGGCCGAGUUCUGCGAGCAGGCGUACGUGCGGAUGGAGCGAGCGGCGGCCAUGGGCGAGGCGUACGCCCGGUCCGAGGGCUCGCGCGGGCCCGGGCACGGCAAGGUAGUGCUGGACUUGACCGGCCGGCAAGGCUCGAUGUGGCUGCCGGAGGCCAAGCUGGGUCCGGUGUGGGAGGUGAUUUCCGGUUCGGAGCUUGUCUCACAUAUUCGGGCGGAGCAUUCGUCACGGCCGCAACUGCUGCGCGAGCUCGCCGAGGUGAUGACGACCAACGGACGGAUCUCGUCACUGUUCAUCAAUGCGGUCGAAGUCAAGCGCGGGGCCAAGGCACUGUCGGACGCCCUGCUGGCGCGUCCGGGCCAGGCCCUGGUCGAGCUCUCGCUUCCGUGCAUGGCGCUCAAGGACAAGGGCGUGCGCAAGCUCCUCCCGGGAUUGCGUGUUGCGUCGGGGCUCAAGGUCCUCAACAUACGCGAUUGUGGCAUCACGCCGCGCGGAGCUGUCACACUCUUUACCAGUGCAUCGACUAGCGUGGCGAUGACGAGUCUGCGGUAUCUUAAUCUGAGUGGCAACCGGCUCGGCAAGAAGGGCAGUCAUGCGCUGGCGCAAUGGCUCACAUCUGGCAAGGCAUGCAUGCUUGAGAAUCUGGUGCUCAACGACGCCGACGUGGAGAUGAGCGAACUUAGCGAUGCACUGCCGGCGGAAAAGGGCGCGAGCGGGCUGCGGGCGCUGUUUCUGGGCCAAGUCGAGAUCCGCGACAGCAUUUCGCUCUCGACUGGAACUGCGCUCCGACUCUCGAGCGUGGACAAUCUCAAUCUGGCCGGCUCGCGGAUGUCUGCGGUGGCGCUCUCGUCGGUGGUCUCGUCGUAUCUGGCGCGGCCCGAGGCCAGCGGACUCAAGCUGUAUCUUGCGCGGAUGGAGGUGGGAGGACUGGGAGGGUCGGAGACGCCGGCCAUGGUGAGUUCGUCGCUGAGCCGGGCGUUUGCCAACUCGACGUCGCUGGUGCGGCUGGUCAUGGACGAUGUGCUCCUGUCGGCCGAGGCGCUGCAAGGCCUCCUCGGCGCGCUGCGGAGCGCGAGCGGGCUGCGACACUUUUCGCUCUGCCGCGUCGCGCCGCGCAAAGCCGCCCAGCGGGCUGCGGUGGCUGAGAGCCUCUACCAGGUCCUGGCGGAGCCCGGAUGCUCGCUGGAGACACUCUGGCUCGUUGGGUCGAAGAAGGCGCACUUUGGCAACGCCAUGGAGCGAGUGCUCGAGGGUGCGGCGCUGGUGGCGAGCCUCAAGUCGGUGUCGAUUGCCGGCAACCGCGGCGGCGAGGCUGUUGCGCUUGCAGCCGCCGUAUUUUUGCGGCUCUCCAGGAGCGUGCGGGCGCUCUCGAUCUCGGGCACUGGCUUUGAGACGGUGGAGAGCCUACAGGCGCUCGCCGAAGCCGUGGCGGCGUCGUCGACGCUGGAGACGUUCCCCAUGCCUGUGGAUGACAUCACAGCUGUCUUCCGCAAAGCGCCGCGCAACUCGCGCGAGCUUGUGGAGGAGCUUGUGGCCAAACUUCGAGCGUGCGAGACGGUCAAGAUGCGGCCGGUCUCGAUUGUGACAGGCAAAGCGAUGUUUACGCCGCCGCCGCCGCCGGUCACGCCCGAGCAGCGCGCCGGAAAUCCGGCGCUGAUGUCAGCGGCGGCGGCAGCAGGCGCACGGCAGGCGCUGCUGUCGGGCGGUGACGCGCACUUGACCGGGACGAGCAAGUCCGAGUCUGCGGCGUUCAAGCGGCUCUCGGCGCUCAUGCUGGGCUCGUUUGACCCGCUUGGCGACGCAGCUGCGUUUGCAGGCACUGGAUCGGCGCUCUCGCGGCAUGUGGUGGCUCCUGGCGCAGCCGGGCCGAGCUCUAGUCCGGCUGGUACGACUGACGGGCCUGACGGCAGCGAGGCGGUCGGCGAGGAAGGCUCGUACUCGUCGUAUGCCAGCGACGAGGAGAUGGCGAGUGGGCCGGGCGAGGCCGAGUCAUAGUAAAGUGGCAGGCAUAUCGA